CAACAACCGGGCUCCCUUCCUGACACUUUCUCUUUCGAUCAAAGGAGGCAAAGUUUUCUGAGCGUUCUAGAACGUCGCGGCCAGGAGACGCUUUUGAAGUUCCCGGGGCGCGCCAGGAAAAGCGCCUUCCUUUCCUCCGCCGCUUACAGCGCAGCCCGGGCCCGCCAUGGAGCUGGAGGAACUGCAGCCGGACAGCCUGGAGGGCUGGGUGGCCAUCAAGGAAAACCUCUUCGGCCAGCCCGAGCCGCCCCACAAGCUGCGCUUCCUUGUGGCUUGGAACGCCGUGGAGAGCAAGUUCGCGGUGACUUGUCACAACCGGACUUUGCAAGAACAAGCCGGCGGGGAGAAGGCGGCGGAGGCUGGCGACGAACAGCGCCUGAGCUGGGCCGGCUUGUAUUCCCCGCAGGCCUUGCUGGGCGUCCAUCGGCAGCUGGCGGCUUUGAACCCGCCGCUGGAGCCCUGCUUCCCCGCGCUGCCCCCCGCGCUGCCCGGCCCCAGCGGCUUCUGGGCGCUGCUGUUCCCCAGCUGCCCGGUCUUGGAGGAAGCGGAGCUGGAGACGCUGUGCCGGCGCCUGGAAGCGUACCUCGGUUGGGCCUUGGAAGGGUGCGGACGCAAGACGCUCCUGGACUUGCUCUUCGCCCACGACCAGGACGAGGAGGACGAGUAUUUUGAAAAUUUGCAGGAGUUCCGCAGGAAAAGUCUCAAGGGGCAGCUGACCGCGACCAAGGAGGCCUUGAGAGGGGUUCUCCACAAGCACAAAGAUGCUGAUAAGCUGGUAGAUUUAAUGGAGCUGUACAAGGAAGAGGAUGAAGUUUAUUGGGAGCUGGUUACUGUAGCAACUGAAUUCUAUCAGUAUUUGUUGUUACCAUUCCGAGACAUGCGAGAACUGGCCACGUUAUACAAACUUGAGAUUCUGAAAUCCUUGCAAGCUGACCGGCUCGGUCCCAAAAGGAUAGAAGCUUUGCAGAAGGAGGCCAAGGAGUGGACAGAUCAGGCUGAGGAAGCUGUGUGCUCCAUUCAAAACAUCACGGUUGGCUACUUCAAGGAAACUGUGACUGCACUUGCAGCGAUGCACAAACAGAUGGAGCAAGAUCAAAAGCGAUUUGGCCAAGCUGCCUGGGCUUCAGCUUCUCCAAGAUUAGAGAACUUAAAGUAUCUGCUAGCAAAAGAAACCCUUCAGCAUAUGAGAGCCAGAGAAUUGUGCCUGAAGCACAAGAGAGCUGAUACCAGAAAGCAAAUGGAGACACUUGGUGAGCAGAAAAAUGAUGUGGUUCAAGUGGAAAAGCUGGAACUAGAGUAUUACGAAACCCAGUUGGAGCUAUAUGAGGUACAGUUUGAAAUACUGAAGAAUGAAGAAAUGUUACUGGUUACACAGCUGGAGACUUUGAAGAGGCAAAUAAAGGAGAUUCAGGAUGAAGUAAUUUAUUAUGACACAUGUGAAAACUCUGAUGAAUUAGAAGCUAUGGAUCAGGCCCUGGAAGAAAUCUGCGCAUCUUCUUCCGAAGUGGCACAGCUCAGGCAGAAGACGCAGCGGCUGGAGACAAAGCGGGGGAUUAUCUGCUCCAGGAGAGCUUAUCUCAGGAACAAGAAGGACCAAUGUGAAGAGAGCCGGCGUCUUAGGCUCCAGCAGGCGCAAGAGACCACACGCUACUUCGAACAGCAUCACAGCAUCCAGAUUAAAAGAGAGAAGAGAAAAGAAGAUGAAAAAAAGAAAAAAGCCUGGAUAAAGGAGGAGCGGCAGAAAACUCUGGAGAGGCUAAAAACAUUCAAGGAGAAAUGUCCAGCUCAGUUUGUGCUGAAGACUUCCCGGUCCCAGCCUGUCAACUCCAAGCAGGCUGGGCCACGACCAGCUCCAGCAGUUUCCCCCCAAGCUAGGUCAAUGAGCAAGAGGCCGACUGCCAAGCAGUCCAGGAACAUCCGUCCAGCACAAGUCAGAACUUCCAAAGCAUCAUGUCAGAAGCCUUCCAGAGAUGUUCCCAUCCAGAUUUUUGCACCACCACAUGGCCCAGAGCCUCCCAAGGAAGGUGCGGAGGCACCACUACCUGUCCCUCCACCUCCACCUCCACCCCCCCUUCCACCCCCACCACUGCCAUCAAGUGUCCAGACUGUUGGCUUAAGCAGCACAGGAGCCGAAGAUAAACCACUGCCUCUUGUGUGUGAAGGCUCUCCUAAAGGAAGUACCUCCCUGGAGAAAGCAGACACUGCAUCCAGAUGCCCAACCAAGAAUUACACAGGGACCAUGGAUGAGGUCUUGGCUUCCCUCAAGCGUGGCGAAAUCCUCCUUCGCAAAGUGGACCUGACCCACCAGGCACCUUCCACUGGCAACUCUCUCAAUGACAGCAUUCUUGCUGCCAUCAGGCAGGGCGUUAAACUGCGGAAGGUCAACCAAGAGCCCAAGGCGGACAUUGUGAGGGGUUCUGGCAGUGAGCUGGAGCAAAGCAUCAAGGCAGCCAUCCAGAGAAUUAAGAAUGUGUCAGCUGACUCAGAUGAUGAUGAAAAUAGUGACUUCAACAGCGGGGAAUGGAACAGUUAACAGAGCGGUUGGCUGGUUGCAUUUAGGAGCCCCUCAGAAGUCCAUGAGGGAUUCUUUGGUGAGAAGACAGCUAACCGCAAAGGAGUCCCAAACAGGAAGAGCGGUCUGGGGCCCAACAGGUUGGCGCUAAUGUCUUCCAUGAAUCAGGCAUCCCAGAAUUCUCAGCAGCACCGUGGAGUUCAGGGGCAGCUGAGGAAGUGUGGGAGAUAUUUCUUGAUCAAUGUCAGAAGUUUCCAAGCUGUCGAGUGAAUUUGGAACAAGUCCUUUACUGACACUGAGCUUUAUGCUUUGAAGUUUGCACGUUUUUUUUCUUUUUUCUUUGCAAAGGAAUCAGCGCCCCUUAGGGAAUCAAGGGCAGUGACAAUGUUUCAGAACUUUAAAAAGCCCCCUUGAUGCCAUCCCAAACUUUCAUUACUGUAUGGAAACAUUAUUCAUUUGAUUAAACCUGUACCAAAACUAUUGUUAAAACUGUCCUAGGAGAAUGAAUUACUCUUCCGAAAUUACUCUUCAGGUGCAUAGGAACAGAGGGAAAUCAUCUCCAUGGGACACAUUUGUAACAACUUUUUGGGUACAGGUAGUCCAUUCCCAAGGUCUGUCCUUAAGUUGAAUUUGUAUGUAAGCCGGAACAGUAUU